UAAGUUUACCACUCAGUUCGCGUUUAGCAUUCGACGCGUGCGGAAUUACGAAAAUAUUUUUGGGUGUUUGCAAGCCGUCAAUUAACAAGCUAUUAACAUAUGUGCGGUAUUUUGGCAAAAAGUUAAAAAAAUUGAACCUGUUUUUUGAGAACGUUGCACUGCGAAUUAAAGGAAAUAAAUAUUUGGUGCAACAAAAAGUGAAAAAAUCCAAAACAAAAAAAUAAGGAAAUUUUAAAAAAAAUUUAUUUUUGUAAAUUUUGUAAACAGAACAAAAUGGCCAGCAAACCGAAAUUCAGCUUUGAAAGUGAGCCACAGGUAACCAUCGACGAUGUGGACGACAAUGACGAAGACCGGAUUGCUGCAAGCUUCGCCGGACGCACACUAUUCAUAACAGGCGGCACCGGCUUCCUCGGAAAAGUGCUGGUAGAAAAAUUACUCAGGUCCUGCGGUCAGUUGAAGAAGAUCUACUUGUUAAUUCGACCAAAGAAGGGUAAAAAUCCCCAAGAACGCAUCAAAGACAUUUUCAGUAAUGUGCUAUUCGACAUGGUUAAGCAGCAACGCGGCGAGGCACAAAUUCUCAGUCUGGUGGAGGCCAUAGAAGGUGAUGUUCUGCUGCCGGGUUUGGGUAUUUCAGAAGAAAAUUUACACAAACUCCGUGAGGAAGUGUCCAUCGUUUAUCAUUGCGCGGCGACCAUACGUUUCGACGAGCCCUUACGCAAAGCGGUUUUCAUGAAUACACGCGGUACACACUAUAUGCUAGAGCUGGCGGCUACAAUCAAGCAUCUAGAUCUAAUAGCUUACGUCUCUACCGCUUACUGUCAUCUGCAUAUUAAGACACUCUACGAGAAGCCUUACGAUCCACCAGCAAAUCCUCACCACGUCAUGCAAGCUUGCGAGUGGCUCAGCGAUGACGAAGUGUCUACAAUCGAGAAGAAAAUCUUAGGUGACAUACCCAACACUUACGCCUACACCAAAUCGCUGGCUGAAGCGCUGGUUGUGGAGAAGUUUAAUGAAUUGCCCGCCGUGAUACUGCGGCCCUCCAUUGUCAUACCAAUCUGGAAGGAACCGCUACCCGGUUGGACAGACAAUAUAAAUGGACCGACCGGCUUGCUAAUUGGUGCCGGUAAAGGUGUCAUACGUACGAUGUACUGCAACUCCUCGGGUUAUGGCGAUUUUUUACCCGUGGACAUUGCUGUGAAUGGCAUGCUGGUGGCUAGUUGGCGUUUUCUAACGGCCCCCGAACGCAGCAAAGUUAACCGUGUGGCGCAUAUGACCAGUUCGAAUGAUAUUAAAGUGUCGUGGAAUGAGAUUAUCGAAUGUGGUCGUUGGGUAAUUGAGAAUAAGAUACCGCUGAAUGGUGUGGCUUGGUAUCCGGGUGGUUCAAUGAAGUCCAACUAUUAUUUGCAUGUCGUGUGUAUGGUGCUCUUCCAUUGGAUACCGGCGUUGUUUGUGGAUGCGCUAUUGAUACUGUUGCGGUAUCCGCCAGUUCUCUGUCGUGUGCAGAAACGAAUCAGUAACGGUUUUCAAGUGUUCGAGUACUAUGCGAAUAAUAUUUGGAACUUCGAUAACACUGAGGUGGUUAACAUACGUACUUUGAUGAAUAAGAAGGAGCGGCUCACCUAUGUUAUAGAGAAGAUCGACGUGGAUCUGAUUGAUUAUUUUACGCAGUGUAUUCUCUGUGCACGCCGUCUGAUACUAAAGGAAAGCGAUGAUACCAUACCUGCUGCUAGAAGGCAUAUGAAGAUCAUGUGGUGCGUGGAUAAGCUCGUUAAAGGCCUAUGGAUCGCACUGUUCGGCUAUCUGUUAUAUCGUUACGUGUUUGCCGGUUAUUUUAAUAACAUUGCGACAUUAGCUCAACCGCUGGAGACAUUUUAGUCUGUUUUUAAUACUAAAAAUAAUACUAAUUGUUUACAUUAAGAAAAUAAUAGCUUCAUUUUUAUACCAAAUAACUAUAUAACUUGUUGAGUAUUUGUAUACGUAUACACAUGUAUGUAAAUAUAUCUAAUUUUGUUAUAAUGGGAUGAAAUAAAAUUUUUAGCGUAAGCUGGUACCUACCAAUACUUAAUAAAAAAUAGUACU